AUGGACUAUAGAUCCCUCCCCACACCUGCCCACUGCGUUGCAGACUUCUGCCUGAUUCCAAUCGGCACCGCGUCGGCUUCAGUCUCGGCCCAAAUCGCUGAUGUCCAGCGACUGAUUGAGCAAUCCGGUGUCAAAUAUGUGAUGCAUUCUGCCGGGACUACUCUCGAGGGAUCCUGGGACCGUGUCCAUGAGGUCAUUGGACAGGCACACACAAUGCUCCACCAGCAGGGCGUUGUCCGGAUUCAGACUGAUAUCCGGGUUGGAUCGAGGACGGAUAAGGUGCAAUCCCCUGAGGAUAAGGUGAAUAAGAUCCGGGAGUUGUUGGGACAGUAG